CGGGCGGCCUGCAGCCGCCGGGCGGCACCGGCUGCCACGGUGGUAAGAGUUCAUGGGUCGAUCCAGGCGGGCGGAGAGAGUGCCUUGCCGGUUCCAGCCGUUGCUGUUAACCCUUUGCUGUUUACCCCAUGACCGACAUCGUCUGCCCAGGCAAACGAGGUUGAUGAAAAGAUGGGAAAUGCAGAAAGCAACACCUACCGGAGUCACCUUUCCAGAUUUCUUCCUGAGGAGCAGUCUGACAUUGAUGGAGUAUUUGAUACCUUAUCAGGAUUAAGUGGUUCAGCUGGAACAAAAAAUGGCAAAGCUACAAAGAAAACUGUGACUCUAGCAGCACUACAGGCCUAUACACGGGAGCCGUUACCAGAGCAAAUGACUCUUCGGUUGUACAAUGGAAUGAAAAGUAUUGACCUGGCUGGGAAAUCCUCGGGGCUGGCUGAACAGAUUGCUAAGGAGCAGUUUGUAGUUUUUAUGUCAGACCUCUUAAAAGGGAAUGCAGAUGAGAAGAUUACCAUAAUAAUGAGAAUGAUCUCCAAGGUGGAAGGGCCUGUGAAAGGCAAACAAAUCCAAGAGUUCACAGAGGAUCUGAUCACAUCUGUAGUCCAUGUACUGAACUACAGGAAUGAACUGAAAGGCUGGAAUUUGGAGAACACUAGGGAUUCUGCCAGUGGAGUAAAGGCUCUGGCUUCUCAACUGCUCUCAGAACUGAAGCUGUCAGACGGAACAAAACCUGUGGGUCCCCAGCUGAUGGAGACAGAUUUUGAUCAAAGUGUCAUUGAGGAUUGGGUGUACAGAGUGCCACAGAUCUCAAUUUUCCUCAGUGCUGUUAUUAGGCAAGGCCUCCACGUUCUGCAUUCUCUCCCAGACCAAACCAAAGAUAUAGUCAACCUGGUUCCAAGCUGCAAAGGCAUCAAAGGAAGAAGACUUGUCAGUCUCUUUGACAUCCCAUCCAUCAUCUACAUCAACUCCCAUCUGCCGACGGAGCUACAGCACAAGUGGCAGCUCUUAUUUUCUUCCAGGCUUCAUGGAGAAAGCUUUUCACAGCUCUGUGGGCAUGUAGUGAAGAAAGGUCCCUGUGUAAUGAUCUUAAGGGACUUGGAUGGUUAUAUCUUUGGUGGGUUUGCAUCUCAGUCCUGGGAGGUGAAGCCACAGUUUCAAGGUGACAACAGGUGCUUUCUGUUUUCUGUUUUGCCCUCUCUUGCUGUGUACACAUGCACAGGGUACAAUGACCACUACAUGUAUUUGAACCAUGGCCAACAAACAAUGCCAAAUGGACUUGGCAUGGGUGGACAGCAUGGCUACUUUGGGCUCUGGAUAGACAGCGACUAUGGGAAGGGACACAGUAAAGCAAAACCUCGAUGUACCACCUACAACAGUCCCCAGCUGUCAGCCAAAGAGGACUUUACGCUGGAUGUCGUGGAAGUUUGGGCAGUGGGAGACCAGCCUGAGAGCACAGGGGCUAAAGGUAAGAGUAUCUUGGAUGUAGAUCCAGAGGCUCGGGCUUUUUUGGAAAUGACUGGGAAGUGUCGUCAGAGCGAAGGUCUGCGAGAACCCGUUGAAGAGGAUGAUGAUGAUGAUGAUAAAGAAUCACAGUAAAGAGAAAAUCCCCCUUUUUUUUAAGCUCCUGAAUGCUAAUGUUCCUUGAACAGGAUAUUUGCCCACUCUGACAUCUACCUGAUUAUCUGGGACAAAACCUAAGCCUCAUACUUAUGCAAUAUUUAAGUCCAUCCAAUACUACCUGAAAGGUUUUGUCUGGGGAGGGCAGCAAAAUUCAGUAGGUGCUUAAUCAUUUGACAUUUCUAAGUUCCAGUUCAGUAUGAAUUCAUCACCAUGCCUGAUAGAUCCUGCCUGCAUACAGAAUUAAAAACAAAGGAGUUACUGACAGUAACUUACUGACCUGGAGAGUUGGUACCCAUCUCUAUAAAGACUGCUCAUGACACUGAUUAAGGUUCUUAUACAUCAGCUGCAUACUUAUUUGCAUGAAUGGAAUUAGUCAGUGAAGCUUGCAGAUUGUAAAGAUAUCUUACAGAGGUAAAGAUAGAAUAAUCCAUGUGGUUCCAUAGGAAGGAUGCUAUUAAUUUGCAGUGGUCCAGUUAAAGCAUGAAAUUUUAUGUUCUCUGGGCUGCAAGAUGUACAGAAAGCUAUGUAUGCAGCAUCCAGUUUUGUAGUACUGCACUACACUUAAGUAAAAUGCACUAAAGAGGUUUCUGUAGAAAUUUCCCUGUUACUGGAAAUCAUUCAGCCAUGUUAGUCCUAAGAAUGUGCCAUACCUCCAGCAGAAAUUCCAUAGGGAAGCUACCUUCUUUUGUAGCCUCACCUGAGAAUGAAGUAGAAGAUCAGAUUGUAAAAGGGAUUAAGCAAGAAACAUCCAAAAAGCAUCCACAGUUCAUGGAGAAUACUAUCUCAGGUACCAUGUUAAAAAACAACAAUUAGGAUUCUGUUUGUAACAUUAAAAGUCUGCUAUGCAUUUUACUUCCACAUAGAAUCAUAGAAUGGUUUGGGUUGGAAGGGUCCUGUAAAGUUCAGACAUCUCAACAUCUCCAGAAAGCAUUUGUCAGCAAUGGAUUUCACUGUGAUGUAAACAUCUCUCAAUCACUUCUAUGCAGCUGUGAUCAAACUGCAAAGCUUAACACUCCUGCUGAGUCAUCUUCAUUCUUAUGGGCCAGUGAAAGCCACUUCUUUCCCCAUGAAAUCCAUCCACUACUGUGCAACAGAUCCCGUUAGCCUUCUGCUUUGCUCCUAUUAGUCACAUAGAUACCAGAAUCUCACUGCAGUGUCUGGCAAAAGCUGACAGCUGAAGCUUGGCACUUCAGCUCUCUGCACUGACAGCUCCCUACCUUUUCCUUGAGAGUCUUGCUGAGUAUCUGAGUCUAGAAACACUGUAGACUGACUACAGGAAGAGAAGUGCUGGUAAAGCAGGUCUUUUCCACUCUUCUAAUUCAAUAUAAAAGGAUAGGUCUAAAUUAAGAGUCUCAUUCAGGUACUUUUCAGUAACAUUUUAAAACAGAUUUUAUUAAUAAAAAUCAUUUUGAUGUAAAUAAAUAAAAUCUCAUUUUAUGCACAAUAGA